ACUACCGCGCCAGCUGCCGAGCCGCCGAGAGCCCCGCUCCACCAGUGCUGCCGGGAUGCCCCUCCUGCUGGCACUACUCCUGCUGGCCACCGCCACUUGCCCCGUGCGAGGCCAAGUCACCACCAUUGAGUAUGAGCCUGCAAUCACUGCCCUGGCGCUGGAAGGGAACAUCACUUCUUCCACCUUCGUCCUGGAGCAGCCCCGCUGUGUCUUCAACAAGACUGUUAGCGACACCGAUGAGAUCUGGUUGGUGGUUUCCCUCAGUAGCGCGAUAUCCAGUUUCACCAGACCCACCUCCCUGCAAAGCCUCCCUUCCUUCCAGAAGUUCCCAGAGAACCCCCAGUACAUGACCAUGGGCACCUCCUCCUUCAACUACCCAUGUGAAAAGAGCUCGGGCCAGAUCACGGUGCUGCGCGUCGGGAACGAAACCGGGUGCGUUUCGGACACAUCAAGACCAGAUUGCAACGGCCCCCUGCCUGGCCCGGGGCCCUACAGAGUGAAGUUCCUUGCGAUGAGUCCUGCAACUGGCCCCAAGGCCGAGACAAAGUGGUCAGCCCCGAUCACGCUGAAAACAGGGAAGGACCCUGCCCGCAUUGACACCUGGCCCGGAAGGCGCAGCGCUGGUAUGAUCGUCAUCACCACCAUCCUCUCCAUCCUCCUGGCCAUCCUGCUGGCCUGCUUCAUCGCCGCGCUGGUCUAUGGAUGUUCGGACAUCUCCGAGAGCAUGGAGAUAAUGGACAAGCAGGACCCGGUGACAGUGAAGAGGUACAACACCCACCAUAUCUACGACCAGCCUGCGUUCAAGAACUGAGGCCCUCCCGCGAGACAGCCACCCCCUGCUACAACCCCGUCCCAUCACGCGGGAGCUCCUCGGCCGACUCUCCGGCCCAACCUGUGUGCGCCGGGAACAGCACUGGGAGAGGAGGGGACCCAGGGGCAGUGAUCCGGGGUGGAUCUCCCCCGCCUCUCCGCAGUACUAGUGCCAGUAGCACCCUUCCCCCUGCCCCUGCCAGGUUGUUUCUGCUCCCUCCCCUCCUCUCUCUGCUGCAUUCGUGAGCCGAGCUGAGUCCCAAGGCCCAGACCCAAAUACUCCAGUCCCAAGCUGCAGACUCGGAACCAGGUCCUCCUCCUAGUGCUGAUUCUCCGAUCACCCUGACCUUCCGGGGGGAGAUUUGACGUUGGCGUCUGUCUCUUGGGCUCGGGCGCUGUGUCAAGGACCCAGUAGCCUGGGGCCAGCGAUAUUUCCAAGCGUGCGGUACUUGAACCCAGGGGGCAGUGGGUCUCUCUGGCUGCAGAGGGUCAUCCUCCGGGCUGGAAGCCACUCCUAAUCCCCUGCUUGCUGCCCAUGUCUGAAUCCAGCCGGCCACGUUCCCUGGCUGCCCCGAUGUCCGCUGGGGGCCACGUCCGUGCCACCAAUUUUGGUGCACCCUUUCCGAUGGGAGAGCGCUAGCCCGCCUGGACUGUGUAUGGUCCUGUGUGAUCAGACAGGCUCAGCCCAGACAAUAAGGAUCCCCUUGCAGAGUCCACUCCAGCCAGGCAUGGAAAUCCAGACCGGGAGAUAAUGGGGGCUCUCACAGGUGAGGCGCAUUAACUCCCCCGAGGAAGUGUUAGCCUUAAAGUGGGGAGGCUUCCCCUGGUUGCGGGGCCUCUGGGAAUAACAGAGAAGCUGGACUGGAUUUCCACGUGCUGUGGGAAUGGAUUCGGCCUGCCGUUUGUAGGAUCCUCAUUCAGGUACCUUAACCCCCACUUUAAAAGGGUUUUGGGGGGUGGGAGGGGUAGCCUCCCUGCACCCUGGAAUUUCACUGGGUCUCGGGCCCCUCACUCCCCUCUGUGCUUUGGGAAAUCCCAGCCAGCGUUCCCAGGGAGGCAGAGGCCAGGCCCGUGCAGCAGGGCCAGUCCCCGUUUGCUUUUUCAA